UUUUACACUGUACCCAGUUCUUUACCCUGUACCCAGUUCUUUACCCUGUACCCAGUUCUUUACCCUGUUUUACCCUGUACCCAGUUCUUUACCCUGUACCCAGUUCUUUACCCUGUACCCAGUUCUUUACCCUGUACCCAGUUCUUUACCCUGUUUUACCCUGUACCCAGUUCUUUACCCUGUACCCAGUUCUUUACCCUGUACCCAGUUCUUUACCCUGUUUUACCCUGUACCCAGUUCUUUACCCUGUUUUACCCUGUACCCAGUUCUUUACCCUGUUUUACCCUGUACCCAGUUCUUUACCCUGUUUUACCCUGUCCCCAGUUCUUUACCCUGUUUUACCCUGUACCCAGUUCUUUACCCUGUUUUACCCUGUACCCAGUUCUUUACCCUGUACCCAGUUCUUUACCCUGUUUUACCCUGUACCCAGUUCUUUACCCUGUUUUACCCUGUACCCAGUUCUUUACCCUGUUUUACCCUGUACCCAGUUCUUUACCCUGUACCCAGUUCUUUACCCUGUACCCAGUUCUUUACCCUGUUUUACCCUGUACCCAGUUCUUUACCCUGUUUUACCCUGUACCCAGUUCUUUACCCUGUUUUACCCUGUACCCAGUUCUUUACCCUGUUCACUGUACGUCAGUGGUGACUUUAGGUAACAUGGUCAGGUUACCAGACUUCUCAUUAUGGAUUCCAAUACCCAGCUCUCUUCCUUCCUCUCAUGAUUAGACCCUUGAUUCCUUCUAACCCCCCCCCCCCUUAAAAGAUUUAGAUGCACUAUUGUAAAGUGGUUGUUCCACUGGAUAUCAUAAGGUGAAUGCACCAAUUUGUAAGUCGCUCUGGAUAAGAGCGUCUGCUAAAUGACUUAAAUGUAAAUGUAAAAAUUAGCCAGUCUCUGCCCAGGUUUCCUGUAUAGCUGAGUCAGUCCAGACAGCCCUGUAUCAUCCCUGACGGAGAGAGGGAGGGAUGGAGGGAGGGAGAGAGAGAGACAAGUAGAGGUAGAGAGAUGACGAGAGGAUAGGGGGAGAGAGAGAAAGGGAGAGAGAAGAAGUAAAUGAUAAUGACUGCCUCCUCUCUUCUAGUCGGAGCAGUAGCAGCAUGAGGAACAGCACUGUGCUGCAGGCCCCAGAUAAGAGCUGCUGUGCCUCCUCUCCUCCUUCCCUCCCUCUGCUUAAUCUUCUCCGGUGCCAGUGGAGCUGCUUUCUUACAGCUCGCUCUGCUGUAUCUGUACACAUUCCUGUGUGAUAACACCUUACGUCCACAGACAGACACUCAGACAGACAGCGCUCUGCUCUGGAAACUGGGCUUGACAUCUAUGAGCUCAUCCUUCACUCCUUUACUCUGCUACUACCUCCCAAAUGGCUCUGGAUAAAAGUAGUGCACUAUCUAGGGAAUAGGGUGGCAUAUGGAAUGCAAACUGGAUUAGGGUGUGCUCACUCAGCCCCAGCGAGGAGAGAAGCAGUUAUGUGUCUUGUCUAGCCAAGCUUGUGGUCCAAGUUUAAAUUGUUUCAACACUGGCCUGCUGGGUUAUUUGACCAUUUUACUGCAAACGGUAGAGACCAAAUUACAUUUGAUAAGGGAGUCAAUGAUGAGGUAAUCUUGCCUUGCUCGAAUGACAAAAGACUCCAGCUAUGACGCUUAGUUGUAAUUGUGCCUACUAUAAGUGUCCUGUCUGGCUGGUCCUGGAUAUUGAGUCAGUGUUGAAGGUGUGUGUGAGGAAUGGGUGUCUGGAUAUUGAGUCAGUGUUGAAGGUGUUUGUGAGGAAUGGGUGUCUGGAUAUUGAGUCAGUGUUGAAGGUGUGUGUGAGGAAUGGGUGUCUGGAUAUUGAGUCAGUGUUGAAGGUGUGUGUGAGGAAUGGGUGUCUGGAUAUUGAGUCAGUGUUGAAGGUGUGUGUGAGGAAUGGGUGUCUGGAUAUUGAGUCAGUGUUGAAGGUGUGUGUGGGGAAUGGGUGUCUGGUUGCUCAUCUAUUCCCUUUAAAAUGCACUACUGUUGCCCAAAGCCCUAGUACUACGUCAGAAGUAGUGCACUAUAUAGGGAAUAGGGUGCCAUUUGGGACACAGACUAGUCACCCCCCCACCCCCGCAUUGCAUCUUGGGCUGGUGAUUUAUGGGCACAGAGGGCUGCAAGGAAGGACAGUUAUUAACGCACUAGGCUGGAAAUUGAUGAGUCGGCUCGGAUGCUCUGGUCUCUUGACACAGUGCAGUAACUGUUACUGCUGCUGGAGGAUGGGCUACUACUGUAAUUAUGCCUGCCAGGCCUUUUGGCCCUGGUCAGAAGUAAGUAUAUGAAAUAAGCUGCCAUUUAGGAUGCACAAAGCACUAGCCUGAGCCUCCGCCUCUCACCGCUGAGGAUGGAAUAGGGCUCCUAGACUAUUCCAUACAGGAUAGAUGACAGAGUAGAUACUAGCUACAAACGACCAGAACAUUGCAAUAGAUUUGGCUGUGAUGUUUGGGUUCAGUCACCACCACAACAGUCAAGGUCAUUUGGGCGAUAGUAGCUUCCUUGUUUUAUUUCUCUGACUGAAUUAGUUGAGGUCUUGUGAUGAAUGGAUUUAAUAAAACACGGUUUAUUUUUAAACCAAUUUCCUGUGGCGUGUGGAUGGGAAUCUGUGAGCUGCUGCUGCUACUGGUGUAGGAUAGUGAAGGAUAGUGUAGGAUAGUGAAGGAUAGUGUAGGAUAGUGAAGGAUAGUGUAGGAUAGUGAAGGAUAGUGUAGGAUAGUGAAGGAUAGUGUAGGAUAGUGAAGGAUAGUGUAGGAUAGUGUAGGAUAGUGUAGGAUAGUGUAGGAUAGUGAAGGAUAGUGUAGGAUAGUGUAGGAUAGUGAAGGAUAGUGUAGGAUAGUGAAGGAUAGUGAAGGAUAGUGUAGGAUAGUGAAGGAUAGUGAAGGAUAGUGUAGGAUAGUGAAGGAUAGUGUAGGAUAGUGAAGGAUAGUGUAGGAUAGUGAAGGAUAGUGUAGGAUAGUGAAGGAUAGUGUAGGAUAGUGUAGGAUAGUGAAGGAUAGUGUAGGAUAGUGAAGGAUAGUGUAGGAUAGUGAAGACCCCAAUUUGCUCAACCCUGCCCCCUGACUGGUUUAACACAGCAUAUUUCUCAUACCAUUGUUACCUAGAUGAAUUUGGCUUCUAUUUAGUUUCAAUUAACAGUUUUGAUGCCGCACUUGUUUGGCCUGGAAUUUAAACUAGGGGAAUUACUGACAGCACCCUGGCUACAUUAUUUAAGCCUAAACUCUAUAUAUAUAUUUGUGUUCAACAACAUUAUGGAAGCAGUGGUAGAGUACAACUCUAGCUAACUGCUGACCUUUUGUACUAGCAUCAUGUGACAAGCAGAGGCCAGGUUAGUGGAUUUUAUUGUUUCCGUUGCAGCAGAUAAAAGUUAGUCAUAAAACAAUCCAGGCAGCUGCCCGGCAGUUAAACUAAACGCUCUAGUGGAUUGUUCCACUGUUUCUAGGACGUUAUGACGUCGUGAGGAACUACCGGUCACGCCCAUCCAAAAGGAUAUCAGAAGUUUAUCUACCGCUGGAGGUCAGAUUUUGAAAUGCAAAGAUUCUAGUGCUGCCAUCAGUCUGCUACACUAUUUAUGAAAGUUGUAGUUGUAAAGAGAGCUUAUGUUCUGUACUAGCCUGGUCCCAGAUCUGUUUGUGCUGUCUUGCACCUGCCAACUCCUGACAAUGACCAUAGGAGUUAGCAUUGGCAAGAUGGCAAAAACAGAUCUGGCACCAGGCUAACUUUGUAUAGUGAUAUGUAGAACAUGAUGCUAAUCACUUAAUCAAGUGCUCUGACUCCCAGACAGAGACAUAAUGGGAGUAGUAGUAUUGGUAGUGGUAGUAGUAUUGGUAGUGGUAGUAGUAUUGGUAGUAGUAUUGGUAGUGGUAGUGGUAGUAGUAUUGGUAGUGGUAGUGGUAGUAGUAUUGGUAGUGGUAGUGGUAGUAGUAUUGGUAGUAGUAUUGGUAGUGGUAGUGGUAGUAGUAUUGGUAGUGGUAGUAGUAGUAGUAUUGGUAGUGGUAGUGGUAGUAGUAGUAGUAUUGGUAGUGGUAGUGGUAGUAGUAUUGGUAGUGGUAGUGGUAGUAGUAGUAGUAUUGGUAGUAGUAUUGGUAGUGGUAGUAGUAUUGGUAUUGGUAGUGGUAGUAGUAUUGGUAGUGGUAGUAGUAGUGGUAGUGGUAGUAGUAUUGGUAGUGGUAUUGGUAGUGGUAGGAGUAUUGGUAGUGGUAGUAGUAGUGGUAGUGGUGGUAGUAUUGGUAGUGGUAGUAGUAUUGGUAGUGGUAGUAGUAUCGGUAGUGGUAGUAGUAUUGGUAGUAGUAUUGGUAGUGGUAGUAGUAUUGGUAGUGGUAGUAGUAUUGGUAGUGGUAGUAGUAUUGGUAGUGGUAGUAGUAGUGGUAGUGGUAGUAGUAGUGGUAGUGGUAGUAGUAUUGGUAGUGGUAGUAGUAGUGGUAGUAGUAUUGGUAGUGGUAGCGGCAGUGGCAACAGCAGCCUAGUGGGGCGGCAGGUAGUCUAGUGGUUAGAGCGUAGUAGUGGUAUUAGUGGUGGUAGUAGUAGUGGAGGUGGUGGUAGUAGUAGUGGUGGUAUUAGUGGUAGUAAUGGUGGUAGUAGUAGUGGUGGUAGUAGUAGUGGUGGUUGUAGUAGUGGUGGUAGUAGUAGUGGAGGUAGUAGUAGUGAAGGUAGUAGUAGUGAAGGUAGUGGUUGUAGUAGUGGAGGUAGUAGUAGUAAAGGUAGUGGUUGUAGUAGUGGUGGUGGUAGUAGUAGUGGUGGUAGUAGUAGUGAAGGUAGUGGUUGUAGUAGUAAUGGUGGUAGUAGUGGUGGUUGUAGUAGUGGUGGUGGUAGUAGUGGUGGUAGUAGUAGUGGAGGUAGUAGUAGUGGUGGUUGUAGUAGUGGAGGUAGUAGUAGUGAAGGUAGUGGUUGUAGUAGUGGUGGUGGUGGUAGUAGUGGUGGUUGUAGUAGUGGUGGUAGUAGUGGUGGUGGUAGUAGUAGUGGUGGUAGUAGUAGUGGAUGUAGUAGUAGUGGUGGUUGUAAUAGUGGUGGUUGUAGUAGUGGAGGUAGUAGUAGUGGUGGUUGUAAUAGUGGUGGUUGUAGUAGUGGAGGUUGUAAUAGUGGUGGUUGUAGUAGUGGAGGUAGUAGUAGUGGAGGUAGUGGUUGUAGUAGUGGUGGUUGUAGUAGUGGUGGUUGUAAUAGUGGUGGUUGUAGUAGUGGAGGUAGUAGUAGUGAAGGUAGUGGUUGUAGUAGUGGAGGUAGUAGUAGUGGAGGUAGUAGUAGUAAAGGUAGUGGUGGUUGUAAUAGUGGUGGUUGUAGUAGUGGAGGUAGUAGUAGUGAAGGUAGUGGUUGUAGUAGUGGUGGUGGUAGUAGUAGUGGUGGUUGUAGUAGUGGAGGUAGUAGUAGUGAAGGUAGUGGUUGUAGUAGUGGUGGUUGUAGUAGUGGUGGUUGUAGUAGUGGUGGUAGUAGUAGUGGAGGUAGUAGUAGUGAAGGUAGUGGUUGUAGUAGUAAUGGUGGUAGUAGUGGUGGUUGUAGUAGUGGUGGUGGUAGUAGUGGUGGUAGUAGUAGUGGAGGUAGUAGUAGUGGUGGUUGUAGUAGUGGAGGUAGUAGUAGUGAAGGAAGUGAUUGUAGUAGUGGUGGUGGUGGUAGUAGUGGUGGUUGUAGUAGUGGUGGUAGUGGUAGUAGUAUCGGUAGUGGUAGUAGUAUUGGUAGUAGUAGUGGUAGUGGUGGUAGUAUUGGUAGUGGUAGUAGUAUUGGUAGUGGUAGUAGUGUUGGUAGUGGUAGUAGUAGUGGUAGUGGUAGUAGUAUUGGUAGUGGUAGUAGUAGUGGUAGUAGUAUUGGUAGUGGUAGCGGCAGUGGCAACAGCAGCCUAGUGGGGCGGCAAGUAGUCUAGUGG